AUGUCAUCCCAAGACUCCUCACCCACCACUUCCAUCUUCGACUUCGACUUAGCGAGUACUUCCCACCUCUUCACCCUAGCCUCCUCACACUCCACACCAUCGAAGAGUACCACUACGCCAUGGUAUUGUGGUACUACCAAGAGGGGCUUCGGUAUCUGGAGAAAUUCGGCUUCGCCUCGCGUCUGGAUCAGCGACGACGACGUAUGGGCCAACGAAGACAACAAAGAGUGCGACACGGUGCUGACGAGCAUCGAGUUGCCGCAAAUCCAGGAGCUUGACCGACUUUCCGUGGACGCCGACGGGUGUCGAGUUACCGCCGCCGAGGAUGUGUUGAAGGAAUGA